AGCUGAGCUCUCGGCUCCCCCAGUCCCACUGCAGGGGUAAUAAGCCCGGCGGCUGGAGGGUGUCGGAGGGCAUUCUGGGAAGGAGCGAGCACAGCGGGAUGUCUUUCCAGCUCGGAGUCGCGCAGAACAAACUGCUCUGCCACGGAGUGAACAACCAGACCUACAUCUGCGAGUCGGGUCACUGCUGUGGGGAGUCGCAGUGCUGCAGCUACUACUACGAGCUCUGGUGGUUCUGGCUGGUCUGGACCAUCAUCAUCAUCCUCAGCUGCUGCUGCAUCUGCCACCACCGGCGCACCAAGCACCGGCUGCAGCAGCAGCAGCGGCAGCACGAGAUCAACCUCAUCGCCUACCGCGAGGCGCACAACUACUCCUCCCUGCCCUUCUACUUCAGGUUUUUGCCGAAUUACCUCCUGCCCGCGUAUGAAGAGGUGGUGAACCGGCCCCCGACGCCCCCUCCCCCCUACAGCGCCCUGCAGACGGGCCAGACGGGCGGUGCCAGCCCUGUGCCCGCCGAACCGGAGGACGGCCUGCAUCCGGCCCAAACCCCCGCCCCGUCCCCUCCGGCCUGCGACCCCCACCCCCCGCGGCCGGGCGCGGAGGAGCCGGCCCCCCCGGGCGGGGACAAGGCCCCGCAGGACGGCUCGCAGGAGGCCCCCGCCGUGGGGCCCCCGGACUGCAAGGAGCCGCUGCGGGACUGGGGCCCCGAGGAGAAGGAGCGGGCGGGGGGGCGUCACCGGCGCUUCACGGGCGACUCGGGCAUCGAGGUGUGCGUGUGCGGGCGGGCCCCCGACGGGCCCGAGCUCAAAGAGCUGGAGGGGCUCCUGGGGCCCGCCGACUUCUGCGAGGGCUGCGCCGCCGUCGCCGUGGGCGACCCGGAGCGGGGCCGGCCCCCCUCCCCCGAGAGCACGCCGCCGCCGCCGGCGGAGCCCCACCCCGCCCCCCCCGUGUGCCUCCUCCUGCACACCAUCAACGAGCAGGAGGGGCCCCAUGCCCCCCCGGCCCCCGCCAGCCCCCAGAGCUGAGCCUGCCUCAGCAGCAACAACAGCCCCCCCCCCCACAGGACUCUACGCCAGGACUCCGCUGCCUCUGUUUUGGGGGGGCGCGUGGGGUUCGGGGGGAGCCGCGUGCCCAUUGGCUGACUGGCCUCGGGGGGGAAACCGCACAGCCUGUAGCAGCCCUGAGCACUUUCCCUCUUAAGACCACUGCUGACUGAGAGGCAGCCAUCGCAGCCCCCCCCACGCCUUUUAAGAUGGCCCCCCGACGAGGAGGCCUGAAACGUCCCAGCAGCCCGAGGGCCCGGGCGCCGGCUGCGCGCAGCUCGCUGCGCUGCGCCCGUCCGCCAUGUUGGCGAGGAGCCACGCCCGCAAACGGCGGCCGCGGAGACCCGCGGUCGACACCACGCACAGCAAUGCAAACAGCGCAGACCAAUCAGAGCCGCUCAGACAUACAGGCACCAAUCACAGCCCCUCAGACAUACAGGCACCAGUCACAGCCCCUUAGAGCACACCCGCCUGUGAAAGCAGCAGAAACACGCUUCUGCGGUUUCAAGGGCAAGCAAACGCAGCCGGUGUGUGUGUGUGUGUGUGUGUGUGUGUGUGUGUGUGUGUGUGUGUGUGUGUGUGUGUGUGUGUGUGUGUG